AUGUUGACUUACAUCAACGGCGAGUUUAAAACGAGUAUUGGCGAUUCGUUGCCUAACGCUGCUGAACCAUGGAAACAAGUCGCUCGCUUCCGCGCUAGCAUGACACCGGAGGAGUUUGUCGAGUUUUGGGACACGGAUAUUUGCAAGAUGGCGCAUGAUGGUAUGGAGUGUCCGGUGAAGCUGGGCUGUAAGGCUUGCGGGAAGGAAGAGGGCACCUUCUCGCGAUGCGGGAAGUGCGAGGUGGUGAAGUACUGUGAUAGGGAAUGCCAGGUCAAAGACUGGAAGGUCCACAAGCAGGUUUGUAACAAGUAG